AUGUUGGUUUCAGAUAAGGAAGUUGAGAAUGACUUCGUUGAUCAGGAUAUUAAAUUGAGAAGGGAUUUUUAUCACACAGAGCUCAAGUCCAAGCAUAGUCCAUCCGCAAAAGAGUACUAUAAAGAAGCAGAAAAAGCUGCCCUGUCUUCUUAUCAGAAAGCUUCUAAAGAGAAUUCCUCUUUGAAAAACAGAGCAAAAAUAGCUGACACCCCGGAGCAGAAGGAAACAAGGAGAGAAUUGACAAACAACAUGAAUGAAGGAGACAAGAUUAUUGAAACCAUCGGGGACAACGGAAAACCCACAUUGGCUAUAAUUGACAAUAAUAAGCAUUUCUCUCCAGAUUCAGAUGAUAAACCAGAUACAACAUCUGAGAAGAAGGACAAUGAAAAGGCAUCCGUAGCGGUGCCAAAAUCAUCCAGUGAACAUGAGAAAGUGGCAAAGGCCUCGUCAGAGAAAGAACCGGAAUCAUCACUGGAAAGUUCAAAGCAAGUCAAGGAAGGCGAAGCAAUUGAUGACGAAGAAGAAGGAGGUGAAGAUGAGGAUGAUAGUGUAGCUCUGUCUUCACUGAAGAAAGUCUCUAAGAGAAAGAGCUUGAAAAAAUUAUUGAAGAGAAAGUGA